AUGCCGUGCUUAAACAUUUUCACGAACAUCGCCAAGUCACAAAUACCACAAAAUCUUGUGUCAAAAAUUAUCCCAGUUCUAGUGAAAGGCGUGAAAAAACCACCAGAGAAUUUCAUCUGCGUGGUCAACGCCGAUUGUUUCUUGAAUAUGAAGGAGGACCCAGUAGCUCCUGGUAUUGUAGCGACAUUGGAAUCCAUUGGUCAUUUAGGUCCAGAGGAAAACGACAUAAUUGUUAAGGAGCUAGCGAAAUUCUUUGAAAAAGAACUCGGCGUGCAACCUAGCAGGUUCUUCCUAACAUUCUACGACCUUGAAAAGCAUAACGUCGCAAUUAACGCAAGCACCAUUAAAGGAUGA